CAUUCCAGCAGUGAACAGAAUCAGGCAAAGUCUAGAUGUCAGAAUUUUACUCCAAAUUUAACAGCCACAGGCUGGUUUACGUGUAAAACUGAAACUACGCAAAGGCAUACACUGAAUCAGGAACCUCCUCAAGCAUCCAAAAUAUUGAUAUUGAUAUCAGAUAGAAGAAUAAUUGCUGGGGUGAGUGGAUUGAGGAUUCGCAUCUUUCCCUUACCUAACAAUAUUGAUGCUGUGUGGAGUGACAGUUCACCAAAUGGGAUGAAAACUGACAAGUGUUAUAUAGAAAUUCAAUUUCAGAACUCUGCCGUAGAAGAUCUGACAGAUCAGAACAGAUAUCUGUGUGCUAAGAAAGACUGCAAUUGUGUCGUGAAGAGGGGAGUCACUAAUGAUACAUGUUACAGAGAUGCAUCUAAUUAUUUGGCAAUGACCAUUCAAGAGCAGAACUGUGUCCUUGAAAUUAUUUGGUUAACUUUAUUUCCAACCAUCUGCAUUAUCUUACUUAUCAUCAUAUCUUACCAGUUGCUCAAGGAAGAUUCAUCCUGUAACGCACGAAGCUGUAGAUUGGGCUCUGAUUAUCUACAAGGAGAAUAUGGCUAUGGAAGUCACCUAAUGUCAGGUGAAAGCUCAAGACAAUAUGAAGCAGCAAUAUACGUCAAUGAAAUUCAGCAGGAAGGAAGCAGAAGACAAUCACCAGGUUAUGAGGCCUUUUCCAGAGAACAUCAGUUCAUCAGCGAUGAUCAGGGUGAAAAUGGAAGACAACAUGAGGCAGCUGCAUACAUCAACGAAAAUCAGCAAGAAGAAGGAAGAAUACAAUCACCAGGUUAUGAGGCCUGUUCCAGAGAAUAUCAGUAUAUCGAAAGUGUUCAGGGAGUUAAGAACUCAUCCAAGAAACAUGUUGAACUGUCUACAAUACUUGAACUUGAAAGAUCGCUUUCCAAUAAUGGAGGUAUUUAA